CAGACCAUUUUUUUUUUUUAAUUGUGAGACUGGCUUCAAAUUUUUGAUCCUCCUCUCUCAGACUCCCAAGUCACUGGUAUUACAGACAUGUAACCUCCCACAGCCUACAAGUGUACUUUAAUGGGAGUAAAUAGUGUGUUGCAGAUACUGUCACCUGCAGGCCUGUAUGUACUUCUGAGAGGGAUUUUGACUAAUUCAAAGUGCUCACAUUCCAGUGGGUUCAGGAUCUCUUUGGUGUGGCAUAUAGUGAGAAUUGGAGGGUCUCAAUAACUGUUGGAGUAAGCCUCUAAUGCAGUAAGCCUCUCAUGGUGGCAUCUGAUGGAUUCCUGGGUGGAACCAAGGAAUCUCCAUUCUACUCUCCUCCCACCCACACAUCCACAGGGUUACAUGAGCGAAUAGUCAAAGCUUGAAGGAACACCUUAGCUCAUUUUUGAGCCUUGAAUCUUGUAUUCUCUCUAGCCUGAUAGCUUGUCAUUCUUGAGCUAGAGGAAUCUGCCUAGUUUCUGGCCUGAACCAAGACUGGAGCCUUGAAGAGACUCCAGGGCUACGGCAAAAACGCUAAGGAGUGGCAGAUUUGUCUGUCAGGAGACAGUACUCGCUUCCCCAGCUGGUCUAGGGUCUCUUCAGCCUGUGGCUGAAUGCCUGAAAUGAGAGCACUAGGCUCUGCCUUCCAAGCGGCCCACCCAGCAUGCAGCUGGAGUACUGGGCUCUGCAGCUGAUGCUCUUGGCACCCAAGCAGCUCCCUGGAGGUGGAGUUGGACUGGGUGUCAGGGGCUGGCAUCCUGUCAGUAGCAGGAUGUUUCGAGGGUGAGGACAGAUAGUAAGGUAGCAUUACUGCCUGAGAUCUCCCCCCGCCCCCCUUUGGAAGGUCAAGCCAGUUUGCUACCAAGCCCUUUUUUCUGUUAACUAAGCAUCCCACCCAUUAGGCAGGAACAGGCUGCUACUGCCAAAACCACAGAUUCCCAUUUCUGGAGGGUGGAAAGGGCCCCAGGAGGUGAUGGAGGCCACAAGCCAGUCCCUCCCUAUUCUGCAUUGAAGACUGACAUGCGUAACAGAAUGCUGGAGCAGCCUGCAGUGGAAAGUUAGAGCUGUGGUAUGUGGCAGGCAAAUGAGGGAGCACAGAGCUGCUAGGAAGAGUGAGACUCAGAGGAUGAGGUGCAGCAUGGCCAGGACACCGCAGUUACUGGCUUAUCUGGUGGUAGCCAUUUGCCUCUGCCCUGGAGCAACAACAACCCAGCACCAUGCAGGGCAGCCCGAGGACAGCGCCAGCGUGGGAGGUGGCCUGCAGGACCCAGAGGCCCCCGAAGUGAUGUUUGAGCUGCUCUGGGCUGGGCUGGAGCUGGAUGUCAUGGGGCAGCUGUACAUCCAGGAUGAAGAACUAGCAUCCACACGUCCAGGUCGCCGACUCAGGCUCCUCCUGCAGCACCGAGUACCCAGUGACUUGGAGGGUGCUGAGCAGCAGCUGAAACAGCUCCAGGACCUGCGAAAGGGGCCUCCUCUUAGUCCUUGGGACUUUGAACAUCUGCUCCUCACAGGCCUAUCCUGCGUCUACCGGCUCCAUGCUGCUAGUGAGGCUGAAGAAAGGGGUCGCUGGGCCCAGGUCUUCUCCCUCCUGGCCCAGGAAACACUCUGGGACCUGUGUAAGGAUUUCUGCCCCCAGGGCCAGCCCCCUUGGCUGGGGCCCUGGGCCUCCAUCCUUGGCCCCUUCCCCUGACCCUUCCUUUUUACCUGUCAUUUUCCCCUCCUAUUAUGUCCCACCACCCCCACCCCACCCCCCAAAAAAACCCAAAAACAACAACAAAAAAAAAAACCUGAGCGCCAGACCCUUCCUGGGCAAGCUUCUAUCUGGCACCUAUUUUUUUCCUACUCAGAUUUAUGGGCUGGACUUGCACCUUGACUCACCCCACUUCAUGCUUACCCCUACCCUUUCUUGUUCCAUAGACCCUGAUAGGGCUAAGAGCCCAAGGCAUGCGAGGGACAGCAGGCACACAGCUAAGGGCAGGACUUGUGGGCAGUACAUGUGUUGGGGCCAGGAUUGAGAAGUGUGUUUAAGAGACGCUAAAAGAGGAACAGCCCUAAGUAUAUUCAGGUUAGAACCUCCAGCCUCCAAUUCCUACCCUAACAGUCUGAGAGGUCCUGUGGAAUCUACAGGAAUCUGUAUGCCCAGCACCCAGUCCUAAUUUAGAUAGUCCUCUCAAGCCUGACCAGGGCUCUGGAGUCCCUUGAACCUGCAAGUUCCCCAUCUGGAUUGGGAGCCCAGGUUGGACUUCUUGAGUUCUGUCUGUUGGAGGAGUGGAGGGAAGCAGUGGAGGAACUUUAACUUCUUUGGAGAAAGGAAGGCAAAUGUCCUAUCUUCCAUCUCAACAAAUCUCAGAUGAACAUCUCAGAGGAAGGAAUAAGGCUGGGAGAGGACUCACCCAAACCAGAGAGACUAGCUGAUGCAGGCUGUGGUAGGUGUAGCUGGGAUUCUGUGUAUCUCUUCUUAUAAAAAAAACUCUGUUCUGGCCUCCUGGAGCCUGAGUCAUUCUGUUAGGUUAUCUAAAGCAACCCUAAGGAAACCACUCUCUUUAUCCUACGAGGGCAGGAGGCAGAGCAAUCAGGUGUCAAGCCCUCAUCACAUUCCCACACCCUACUGGAAGAAGGAACUUAUGUUCCCUUUGAGUCCUGUGGCCUGGGGUGGAUAGUGGCAUGCUGUCUCAUCAUGGAAAGGAAUCAGAUGGGCCCUAGGUCUAAGUCAAAUGUGAGGUGUCAGGCGGAGUGACGGAUUGGACAGGAACACGCAUUAGAUGAAAUUUCCCACCUUCUCACCCUCCCAGGGCCUGAUCCCCACCUCCGGCUGUGGGCUGCAGAAUUCAGUGUUUUCCUGUCCCAUCCCGAGGCAAAGCAUCGCUUAAGACAGAGCAGACUCUUGGGCU